AUGAUACAGACCGAGCCUCCUUAUUUUCACCCCAUACCCAAGGCGUCACAGCCUUUGAACACUGGCAUCUUCAGGGACGACCUAACAUUUGAUGACUGCGACAGCGGGUCAGCCACUUGCGCCGUCUCGUGGGCUGCGGGAAUCCUGGAUUCCGAGCCGGUGUAUAUGCUAGGGGCAGGACUGUACAGUUGGUUCUCAGGCUACAGCCAGGAUUGUGUCAAAACUGAGAAAUGCCAGCAGCGGGGCUUCCAGAUUGAGCAAAGCAACGACGUAUGGAUCUACAACUUGCGCACCAAGGCGAUUGUUGAGAUGGUGUCGCCCGUUGGUGAACUUGUCACACGCGCCGUCGACAGCCGGAACGGGUUCCUAUCGUCCAUUCUGGCUUGGGUAUGCAAUUCUCCCGACACCAUAAUUGGCGAGCGAAAUGCUCGAGGCCUGGCAGCAGCCGAGGAUGCGUGGGUCCUUGGAAAAGCUACUUUGACGGUGUUUUUUUCAGCAUCUCAGGGCCAGAACUUUACUGUCAAGUCAGCUGUCACUUUUCCCGCUAGGGCAGGAGGCACUAUCUCGACAGGAUACAACGAAACUUGCUUGAAGGAGACAAACACUGGUGCCCAUUGUAACAAUGUGAUCGAUACGUUCAAGAUCGUCGACUCGUACGAGAGAAUGCCGCAGAACGAGCUGUGUUCACAGUGCUUUGUGAAUAUGAACCGUAUGAUGCAGUCGUCGCCUUGCUCUAUUUUCCAGUCUGCGCUAGAAUCUCCAUACCUCAAGGCACGACUUCAAUACAUCCACAGCACUUGUGGGAUUGGAACGGGCCCUACACAUGUGGAGGAUCCGCAAUACUUACCCAUCAAGCAGCAUCCCAUCCCCUGCUUUACGGAAGUCGUUCACACUUCUCAGAUCGGUGAUACCUGCGAUAGUGUAGCACUGAAAUACUCUAUAGCUUCAGCUGCCUUGCAGAGCGCAAAAACUGACUAUAUUACGAAUUGUACAACGCUCGCCGCCGGCAACGAGCUGUGUAUUCCGCUCACCUGCGACAAGAUGUAUAUCUUGGCGGACACGGAUACCUGUGGGUCCAUCGAGCUCGACGCCGGUAUUGGCAUCGGAAAUUUGCGCGCCUACAAUCCGUGGAUCGACUUUUUCUGCGACAACCUUCUUUCGACCGUCUGGGUCCACGGUCGCACCCUUUGCUUGUCUCCGCAGACGGGCGUUUACAUGGAACGUCUCGAACCCCAUUCCUGGGGUCGUCGUAGCUUCCGGUGA